CAAAGGGGUCAACUUAAAGCGUUCAGUUUUGAGGAGUUUAGAAUUUAAAAUUGUUCAUCAAGUAAAUGUCCGAAAUGGCGGCUGCCAACAUGGAGAAGGGGGAGCUGAUGAGCCAGGUGAAGCAGCAGAUCGCACUGGCCAAUGCCCAGGAGAUGCUCUCGAAGAUGACGGAGAAGUGCUUCAAGAAGUGCAUCCAGAAACCGGGCAAAUCCUUGGACAACACCGAGCAGCGUUGCAUCUCGCAGUGCAUGGACCGCUUCAUGGACGCCUGGAAUCUGGUGUCGCGCACCUAUGGCAAUCGUUUGCAGAGGGAGCAGUACCGAACGAUGGACUCUGUGGAGAUGAGCAACUAGUAUUCUAAUUACGACCUCCCCUUAAUUAAACCCGAAUUUAUUUUGUUUUUGACCCAGUCUCAACUCAA